UGGGGGUCAAGUGCCGUGCCCAGGGUCACACAGCUGGGAAGUGUCUGAGGCCAGAUUUGAACCUAGGACCUCCAGAAUCUGGACCUGACGUAGCUGUCCCCCACCCCCCUUCCAUCUUCUGAUUGACUACUUAUUUAGACUCUGAAGCAGGUUGAAUUUACAUGCUUUCUUAAUAUUUUGAUAACUGCACUUCAAUAUACUUGUUUCCCUGAAUCUUAUUUUAUACUGUUUGGCUUUCAAAACCCUUCAGCACCUGUUUUGCCUCACUCCUUAACAACACAGUCUCUUUCAAGAACAAGACAUUCUGUCUCUCAGCUCUGGGCAUUCUCUCUGGCAGUACCCCCGGGCUGGAGUGCUCCUCCUCCGCUCCAAAUACUGACCUCCCAGUUAAACUCCCACCUCCUAAAGGAAGCCUUCCCCAGCAGCUAUCAUUCCAGUCCCAGCCUUCUGUUAAUUAUGAAAUUUUAAGUUUUUAAACUAUUUAAAAACUGCAUUUAGAGAAGAGGUCCGGAGGCUUUUCCAUAUAGCGUUUCUACGAAAAAGGCUAAGUUCCACGGUUCUAGAGCUGCCCAAGAAGGCCGAAGCCCUUCAAAAGUCAACUUCACACGCAAGCCCACCCCUUCCAAUUCAGAGGCCGGAGGCCCGGGGAAUCGGGGAGCACGUGCAUCACGCAACACACAUACACACACGUCCUUCGUCAUUUCCGUCCCCGGCUUCCGGCCUCCAGGUAUGCUUCCGGGUUGAGGAGGUCGGCCGUGGCGGCUCCGGCGUCGUUCUCCUCCGGUGCUCGGCCUAUGGAGCUAUUAAGUGCCGGCAGCGAUUGCAGUAGCUGUGGCGGCAGCGCGGAGGGAAGAGGCGGAGCCCGAGUUGGGGCCUUUGCCCCAGCAGGAUGCUACCUGGUUUGGCCGCCGUCCUUGCUCACAGACGCGGCUGGUCCUCCUUGUCCAGGCUCCCUCUGAGGUGCCGAGCGGCGCCUAGUAGCCCUUGCGGCGGUGGCGGCGGCCAGGGCCGCUUCCUGGCUUCCGACUGCGUCCAUCUAACACUCCCGCAGCCGAGACUUGCCUUCCCCGCCCCUCCAGAGGGUUCGGCCAGCCUAGCCCAGGCGUUUGUAGCGAGAUGGCAGAGCUUAGUGACACUUGGAAGUUUCUCAAGCAUUGUCCCAUGUAGUCAUCUACACAUUUACUCACUGAGUCAAGUAAGAACUUACUCUACCAAUAUUCAGAAAGAAGGACUGGAAGCACAAAAUAUUCAGAUACCAUCAGCUCCAGGAAAACAGAAGACUAUUGGACUCCAAACCCCACUUAUUAAGCAAGAACCUCUCCAAGUAAGAGUUAAAGCAGUUCUUAAGAAGAGGGAAUAUGGAUCAAAGUAUACCAAGAAUAAUUUCAUCACUGGAGUCAGAGCAAUAAAUGAAUUCUGUCUUAAAUCCAGUGAUUUAGAGCAACUGCGGAAAAUCAGACAAAGAAGUCCCCAUGAAGAUACUGAAUCCUUUACGGUAUUCUUGAGAUCAGAUGUGGAGGCUAAGGCUUUGGAGGUUUGGGGAAGCCCUGAGGCCCUUGCCAGAGAGAGAAAGCUUCGAAAGGAAGCAGAAAGAGAAUAUAGAGAGAAGUUGUUUAAGAAUCAAAAGCUAUUACAAGAAUAUACAGACUUCCUGGGACAUACAAAGCCACGGUCUGGAACAGGAUCAGUGUUUCUUAAAGGACCAGGAAAAGUAGUGAUGGUUGCUGUUUGUAUAAAUGGUCUGAACUUUUUCGUCAAAUUACUUGCUUGGAUUUACACAGGUUCCGCAAGUAUGUUCUCAGAAGCUGUGCAUUCACUAUCUGAUACAUGCAACCAGAUUUUAUUAGCAAUUGGCAUCUCUCAGUCUGGACGGAGACCAGACUCUACUCAUCCGUACGGUUUCUCAAAUAUGCGCUAUAUUUCCUCAUUAAUUAGUGGCGUUGGUAUUUUUAUGAUGGGUGCAGGACUUUCUUGGUACCAUGGAAUCAUGGGAUUGAUUCAUCCUCAGCCUAUGGAAUCUCUUCUCUGGGCUUACUGUAUUUUAGCAGGAUCAUUGGUGUCUGAAGGAGCAACUCUCCUUGUUGCUGUAAAUGAGCUUCGGCGGAGUGCUCAAGCUAAAGGAUUGACGUUUUACAAAUAUGUAAUGGAAAGUCGAGAUCCCAGUACAAAUGUGGUAUUUUUGGAAGAUUCUGCAGCAGUCUUAGGAGUGAUGCUAGCAGCUACUUGUAUGGGACUAACUUCUUUAACAGGCAAUCCACUCUAUGACAGCCUGGGUUCUUUAGGUGUGGGAACCUUAUUGGGAAUAAUAUCAACGAUUCUCAUCUACACAAAUACAAACGCACUUUUAGGGAGAUCAAUCCAACCAGAACAAGUGCAACGGCUAACUGAAUUAUUGGAAAGUGACCCAUCAGUAAGGGCAGUUCAUGAUGUUAAAGCCACAGACCUGGGACUGGGUAAAGUUAGAUUUAAGGCCGAAGUAGAUUUUGAUGGGAAAGUUGUUACUCGAUCUUAUUUGGAAAAGCAAGACUUUGACCAGAUGUUGCAAGAAAUUCAGGAAGUAAAGACUCCUGAGGAAUUAGAAAUCUUUAUGCUUAAGCAUGGUGAAAAUAUUAUUGAUACUUUAGGAGCUGAAGUAGAUCGACUUGAGAUGGAGUUGAAAAAACUAAAUCCUGAAAUCCGACAUGUAGAUUUGGAAAUAUUAUAAAUUUGUUGGAACAUCCUUGGUGAACACUCUUGGAAACAGUUUUGUCCAGUACUAAGCAAAACCACAGAGAUAUCAGCACCUUACCUCCUCUACCAGUUUUCCUUACGUGGAAAGAGUCAGCACAAUGCAGAAGCUAUUUUGGGGGAAGAAUCUAAGGGGAAAUGUCUUAUAUGAGCAGGCAAUCUUAACUGACCAACAACUAAAACUGCUUAUUGUUUUUAUGUGAGAAA